UUCCGUCGCUUUUCCGGCCGACGCCAAGAUGGACGCUUCACGGGCGCGGGAGCAGCUCCGGCGGCGGUUCCUGCUCCCUCCUGACGCCGAGGCCCCGCUGGAUGGCGAGGACGACGCCAGGCCGGAAACCUCCACAGCUGUUGAGAAAAAUGAGAAACCUCUUCCAAGACUUAAUAUCCAUUCUGGAUUCUGGAUUCUGGCAUCCAUUGCCGUGACCUAUUAUGUGGAUUUCUUUAAAACCCUUAAAGAAAACUUUCACACUAGUAGUUGGUUUCUCUUGGGCAGUGCUUUGCUGCUUGUCAGUUUGUCGAUUGCGUCUUACUGUGUCAUGUACCUGGAAUGGUACCGCGGGAUUGGAGAAUAUGAUGUCAGGUACCCAGCACUGAUCCCCAUCACCACCGCUACGUUCAUCGCAGCAGGAAUUUGCUUCAACAUUGCCCUGUGGCAUGUGUGGUCAUUCCUCACCCCGGUGCUGCUGUUCACCCAGUUCAUGGGGGUUGUAAUGCUUAUCUCACUCCUCGGAUGACCAGGAGAGAUGGUAGUCUUGCCGUGUUGCCCAGUCUGGCCUUGAACUCCUUUGUCAACCUCCCAAGUAGCUGGGACUUCAGGUGUGGGCCAGUGUGCCCAGCUGGACGUGUGAAUUUAAAGUGAAAGAUCAAACAUCCAACUUCAGAUAAUGGAAAAGCUACAGUGCGUUUUGGAAUCUAGGAAGAGAGUCAUUUUCUGGGAAGAAUUGUGACUUUGUGGAUCUGUUGAUGUCAGAAUAAAUAUUUCAUUUGGAUAUUCUUAAACUCAAAUGAAUAUUGAAUUUUUCAGAAGUCUGUGUUAUGUAGAAAUGACUAUUUUUCAAUGUAAUCAGUUUGACUCUGGAGAAAGUGGUGGUUUCAUUAUAGGUGCCUAAUGCACUCCCACUAUGCUAAAUAGAUUGUUCCCUCUUCCAUACAGGGAGAACUGUCCAUUGUAUGGCAUGACUGAAUGUGUAUAAAGGAAUUAUGCUGUCAUGUGCCGCUUCAAUAAGUAUUGAAAAUAAUCUCAUUUUUAUAAUAGUUUUGUUGGGUGAGAGGACCAAAUUAGUUUGUUUUCUCAUCACUUUAGAUUUUAUUAUCAUGUAAAUUAC